CAACAAGAGCAACUUACGACGUCGUUUGAGAUGGCCUCGAGUGACAAGAGACCGACUCCGAACCCAGUCCACGGCGGCGACGACUCCACGACUCCGGGGAAGCCGAUGACGAUGGGGCAGCACGUGCUGGACAAAGGAGCGGAGAUGAUGCAGUCGCUGAAGCCGGUGAACCAGAUGAGCCAGCACGUGUGCACCUUCGCUCUCUACAGCCACGACCCGACACGUCAGAUCGAGACCCACCACUACGUCCAUCGCCUCAACCAGGACUUCCUCCAGUGUGCCGUCUACGACUCCGACGGCUCCCACGGCCGCCUCAUCGGUGUGGAAUACAUAGUAUCUGAUCGGAUUUUCGAGGCUUUGCCUCUGGAGGAGCAAAAACUAUGGCACUCUCAUGCUUAUGAGAUCAAAGCGGGUCUUUGGGUCAACCCCCGGGUCCCCGAGAUGGUCGGCAGGCCGGAGCUCGAAAAUUUGGCCAAAACUUAUGGCAAAUUCUGGUGCACAUGGCAGGUUGAUAGAGGUGAUAGGCUUCCACUAGGGGCACCUGCCCUGAUGGUGUCAUCGCAACCGGUGAACUUAGGACAUGUGAAGCCUGAGCUGGUGGCGAGGAGGGAUGACAAGUACAACAUAUCCACAGACGCCAUAAGCCAGUCGAGGUUGGAGAUCGGGGAGCCGGAGUGGAGCAAUCCGCAGGCGGACUAUUGGAAGAAUCACGGCAAGGGUUUUGCCAUCGACAUUAAGAGCACUGAGAUGAAGACGAGGGCGCCCUUUCCUUAGUUGCAACAUGUGUUGCAUGAUUGGGAUAAGAAGACGAGGGCUCCCUUUCCUUGGAAGGAACAUGUAUGUGUGCGGUACGAAUAAAUAAGUAGAUAAAAAUUAGCUAAGUGCCUGUUGAACUGUUUAGUCUAUGGAUGUGCAGUAAUGUGAAGGAACGUAUAUUAUGUUUUGUAGCUAGCUCUUUCCUUGUUUAUAUGGCAAACACAAAUUGCUUUUGUGUUUAUUUAGUACUUGUUGGAGGGUCGUCUACGUACAGUUUGGUUAUAUGUAUGUAAUUACCUGAUCUUAUUGAUAAGCUAUUAGUUG